ACAACUUCGGGAGAAGACGUUAGAGAUUUUACGCGAACAUUGAGGAAUAAGUUCAAGUCGAAGAGAUACUUCCGGAAACACCCACGGAUGGGUUACCUUCCUGUGCAAUUGGGCGCUGAUGGGAAGCCGCCGUCGGGCGCCACAACACCGGCGACUUCCCGCGGCGGCGGAGCCAAUUCAUCUCUAGGCCAUUCCAUGCAUAUGCACGGCUCAUCGUCGGCGGCGGAGAGCAGUGGCGGCAGUCGAGACGCGUCCCCACUGGCGUCCCCGAGGGCCAUUCACAGCGCCGGCGCCAGUGUGACUGGCAGCAGUAACCAGAGCCCUGCGACACCCCUGCCACCUGCUGAAGUUCACUCCAGGCUUGAACUGUAUGCGUCUCGUCUGGCAGAGGUUGAACUCCGUUCUCAUGCAUCUCCUGUCACUGAUUCGGAAGACGAACACGCGCUGAUUUCGAGAUACUGUCAGUCAUUGGGCCACUUGCGGAGGGAAGACGUGGGCACAGAAAAUGGUCGAGCAGGAUUGUCGCUGUCCGGCCUGACGGAUGGAAAUCAAGGCAGAAUCAAUCAUUUGCCGCCAUCUGGCGGCGGUAGAAGUCGGAAUAGCAGCAACAAUCCCGAGCAGCAGAUGAACAACCGAAAUUUGCGACAGCAGAUUCAGGACAUUCCGUCGCCAACCGAGGUGCUAACUGCGCUGGAAUCUACUCAUCAG